AUGGCCCAAACCCGAACUUCUCCGGAUCCAAUCCAACCCGAAGAACACCCUGCCCGUAACCUAACCCUCACCGACACGCGCGUUCAACGCGCGUGGGCUCAUUGGACCAACUUGGGUCGACCGAAACUGAUAGUUGCUCCGAUGGUGGAUAACUCGGAGCUUCCGUUCCGGUUGUUGUGUAAGAAGUAUGGUGCUCAGGCUGCGUAUACUCCAAUGUUGCAUUCUCGGAUUUUCUCUGAAACGGACAAGUAUAGAAAAGAAGAAUUCACCACUUGUAAGGAGGAUCGACCACUUUUUGUUCAAUUUUGUGCUAAUGAUCCUGAUGUGUUGUUGGAAGCUGCACGUAGAGUGGAGCCUUAUUGUGAUUACGUUGAUAUUAAUCUUGGGUGUCCUCAGCGCAUUGCAAAACGAGGAAACUAUGGUGCUUUCUUGAUGGAUAACCUUCCUCUUGUGAAAUCUUUAGUGGAAAAACUGGCUCUCAACCUCCAAGUUCCUGUUUCAUGCAAGAUUAGGCUCUUUCCAAAAUUAGACGACACAUUGAAGUAUGCUAGGAUGCUCGAGGAGGCUGGUUGUUUUCUUUUAGCUGUUCAUGGGAGGACGAGGGACGAAAAGGACGGGAGUAAAUUUCGAGCAGACUGGAAAGCCAUCAAGGCUGUGAAGGAAGCAGUCAGAAUCCCGGUCCUUGCCAAUGGAAACAUAAGACAUAUGGAUGAUGUUAAAGACUGUAUUGAAGCGACUGGUGUUGAAGGGGUACUUUCUGCUGAGACUCUACUAGAAAAUCCAGCCCUCUUUGCUGGAUUUCGUACGGCCGAAUGGGUUUCCGGAUGUGAAGGAGACUUUGUAGAUGGGAAGUUGGAUCAGGCAGAUCUGUUAAUAGAGUAUUUGAAUCUCUGUGAAAAGUACCCUGUGCCAUGGAGAAUAAUACGCUCUCAUGUUCAUAAAUUGUUGGGAGACUGGUUUAGCCUUCAGCCUCACAUCAGGGAAGAUUUUAAUAAACAAUAUAAAAUUACAUUUGAGUAUCUUUACGACAUGGUCGAUCAACUUAGGGAUACAGGUACUAGAAUUCCACUUUAUCUCAAACGUACUGAAACGGAACCUACAGACACAGAUCAACACAGCUAG